UGUUUGCGACUUAAAUGCACAGUCGCCGUGCGGACCGCGGACACUUGCUCGAGUUGACAAAGUUUUGAUUUAUCUGGCGCCCGAUCGGGGCCGAGUGAGUUCCAAGUGGUGUCGACAAUUGUCACACAAAGCGUUCGUAGGUUGACGAACGUUACCUGUCUGACAUCUAAGUGACGCGAGUUAUCUCCCAUCUCCCACGGAUCGGGCCCCGGAACACCAGCAGACGAUCUCAUUAGGGUGCGUGCAGUCGCGCAGGAUGUGCGCGUGCGCGUGGCGGCUGCACGUGUUCACCGCCGCGCUCGUGCUCGCCGCGCAUCUCAUCAAAGUGCUGUCGUGUGGCGAGGCGGGCGCCGGGCCGCGGCUCACCAAGCGCUACGUGGGCCUGUACACGGGGCCCUACUUCGACCCCUCCGCGCCCAACAACAUCACCACGCAGCUCGGGACUCACGCCUACUUGCCCUGCAAGGUGCGGCAGCUGAGCAACAAGUCGGUGUCGUGGAUCAGACGGCGCGACGCGCACAUCCUCACGGUGGACCGGUUCACUUUCAUUGCCGACGAGCGCUUCCAGGCCUUCCUCGUGGAGGCUACCGACACCUGGACACUCCAGGUGAAGUACGUGCAGGCGCGGGACGCCGGGGUGUACGAGUGCCAGGUCGGCACCGAGCCCAAGAUGAGCCACUUCGUGCAGCUUAAUGUUGUAGUGCCAAAGAUUGAGAUCGUGGGCGAGUCGGAGCUGUACGUGAAGGCGGGCACGACGGUGAGCCUGAAGUGUGUGAUCACGCAGGCGCUGGAGGAGCCGGCGUACAUCUUCUGGUACCACAACGACGAGCGCGUGCUCAACUACGACAAGAGCCUUGUCGAGAUACGCAUGGAGCGCGUCGCGCCCGACACCACGGUGGGCAACCUCAUCAUCUACAGUCCGCGGCGCGAGGACUCCGGGAACUACUCGUGUUCGCCCUCCAACCUCGACUCCGCGUCUGUCAUGCUGCACGUGCUCAGCGGCGAGCAGCCGGCGGCCAUGCAGCACGGGAACGGGGCGCGCGGCGCCUCCCCGCGGCGCGCGCUGCUGGCGGCCGCCGCGCUGCCCGCGCUGCCCGCGCUGCCCGCGCUGCCCGCGCUGCCCGCACUACUGCCCGCGCUGCCGCCCGCCGCGCCGCACGUCCGCCCGCAGCUCGUGCUGCACCGCCUGCUGCUGCUGCUGGCGCUGGCGCUGCUCUGCCCGGUGCUAUGUCACGACGAGGACGACGGCAAAUAGCGCAGCGAAGUGUGAGCGCGCGCGGCCUCAGUGCGGACACAGUGUGUGUGUGUGUGUGUGUGAAUGUGUGCGUGUGUCGGGCGAGCGCGCCCUCACGUCCAGCCACGCGCCGCAUGCGAUGCGGGGUGUUAACUUAAUGUAAAAAUUCUGAUGUAUUACUUAGAUAAAGGAACGGUCAGUCGUACGCGUUGUGAUAUGAACGAUGUGAGAACAGUAAAUAAUUAAAUUACGAAAUUAUUCGUAUCGGUAUCUACCUAUUAAAGUUUAUAUUAUGGGAAACAAAACUAUGUAAAUAGGUCGACGAGGCGAGCGAAGCGGCGCCUUGCGGGCUGGCCGCUGCUCAGGCGUCUUUCACAUUUGUAAAGUUGUACAUAAUUAUUAUAAAUGAUUACAAUUAAUUGUAUCGAUAGGAAAUUACUAAUCCGGCAGGCCGGCGGCGCCGUGCCCCAGUCCGACCCGGUGGGGCCGUGGGCUCGGCGCCGCCGGAGACUAGCUCGACUACUCAUUACGACAUCGAAACCGUUGCAUCCACUGGCCAGCAACUCGUGGUACUUACUCAUAUUGUUUGCUGAACUGUACAAAGCUGCAAGGAAUUGUAAGAUAAUCUGUGAAUUGGUUGAAUUGAAAACGAUCAACUUUGUAAUUGUUUGACCGACGUGGUCGGUGCGAACGGGGGCGCGGCGCAGGCGCAGCAUGCAGUGGGAAGCGGGCCCCGCAACCGGCCGCAUCGACCAAUAUAUUAUAAUAUUUUGUUCAGUUUGUUAUUUGGAUAUCGUUGAACAGUGGUUCCGAGUUAAAAAGUUUGAUUCGUUGACACUGUUACUGCCCACUUUGUAAAUAUAUAUCUUAAGUGAUACAAAAUAAAGAUGAAAUCGUUGAAACAUU